UGCUGGGAGUGCUGGCUGCUGGGCGACAACGACAAGACAAGACAAUGGCUUCUGCUUCAACACGGAGUUGUGAGACCCCGGGUUGUGUUGAAAUUGCUAAAUUGCAGUGUCCAACGUGUGUAAAACUCGGCAUUCAAGGUUCAUAUUUCUGCUCUCAGGAAUGUUUCAAAGGCUAUUGGAAAGAUCACAAAGUACUCCAUAAGAUAGCAAAGGGUGAAGGAGUAGAUGGGACUGGCUAUGCAGACCAAUACGAUCCAUGGCCAAACUUUAGGUUUACUGGCAAACUUCGGCCGUUUCCUCAGAGUACACCGAGGACUGUACCCAAACAAAUACCUCGACCAGACUAUGCCACUCACCCAACUGGGGUACCAAUAUCCGAACAACAAGUGAAGCAAGUUGCUCAGAUCAAAACUCUCUCUGAUGAGGAAAUUGAAGGCAUGCGGUUAGCUUGCAAGCUAGGCAGAGAAGUGCUGGAUGAGGCAGCGAAGAUAGUUGACGUUGGAGUGACGACAGAUGAAAUAGAUAGAAUCGUCCACGAGGCUUGUAUAGAGCGAGACUGCUACCCCUCCCCCCUCAACUACUACCAGUUCCCUCGGUCUUGCUGUACGUCGGUCAACGAAGUUAUCUGUCAUGGAAUACCAGACGUACGACCAUUGGCCGACGGUGACAUUUGCAAUGUGGAUGUGACAGUAUAUCACAGGAACUUCCACGGAGACUUGAAUGAAACUUUUCUUGUGGGUAAUGUCAGCGCAGCAGCCAAGAAACUAGUACAGGUUACAUGGGAAUGUCUCGACCGAGCCAUCAGUAUAGUAAAGCCAGGAGAGAAGUAUAGAGAGAUAGGCAACAUAAUACAGAAGCAUGCACAGGCUAAUGGGUUCUCGGUGGUGCGUAGUUACUGCGGUCAUGGUAUACAUCAGCUGUUCCACACGGCCCCCAGUAUACCUCACUACGCCAAGAACAAGGCAGUGGGAGUAAUGAAAGCAGGACAUUGUUUCACAAUUGAGCCGAUGAUUUCUCAAGGUACUUGGAGAGAUGAACUAUGGCCAGACAAGUGGACUGCUGUCACAGCAGACGGCCAACUGUCUGCCCAGUUUGAACACACGUUACUGGUCACAGAGACUGGUGUUGAUAUACUCACUGCCCGGUUACAACGUAAUGGCCAACCCUACUUCAUGGACAAAUUAUAGUCAAGUGCCUUAUUAAGCCAAUGUGUAUUUAAUUAUAUAUUUGCAUUCUU